UUUCGUUUCUUCUUGGUGGUUGUGGGCAUGCAGUGGAAUUGUUGAGAGUGCGUGUGUGAGCUAUGGACGGUGUUGACUUCUUCUGAGUGUGGUCUUCUAGGCGACAGGUUGUGUGUGAUGGUGCUUGUGCUGUUCGGUGUAUAGAUUUGGAUUCUCCGAGGCCCUUCUACGUUUUCAUCGUUGUAUAUACAAUUAUGCUCGUUUGCCUUCUCGACAUGUAUGUUGGGUUGUUUGAUCUUCUCGAUUGUGUUUGGAUGGUCUCGUUGUUGUGUCGGUCGUGCGUGAUCCUGACUACCUUGGGUCGUGCGCCUAGGAGCGAUUGCAUUUGAUCGGUUUCGUUGUGUCCUGCUGGACAAUGUUUGGGCCUGACCGAGUCGGCUUGUGGGGCAGUGUUGGGCUGUGCUUACUUUGCUUCCCUUCUAUGCGGCUGGUCCGCGAGUGGCCUUGUCCACCCCGGGUUGUGUGGCUGUGUGCUAGCGUCCUUUGGAAGUGCAUUUGUAAAUCGCUGGGGGGUGGAGGGGAGGGCGAACGAGCGAGGGAUGGAUGCGCAAGUUGAGGAGGCGGCAUGGGGGCGGGGUGAGGGAUUUCACAUUUUAUUCCAAUUUAUGAUGUAUUCGGAAGCCAGUGUUGGCUUGGAUGAGCAGCUGGAUCAGCGGCUGCUCUGUCCGGAGGCCAGUCUGUGCCUCAAUGUUGGAGGGGUUUGUUAGUGAGUGGGAGCCUCUUCCAGGCUGGAAGCUGAGCAGCGUUCGCGGAGGCCCGCGCCUGCAAGCCGGUAGCCGCCAGCUUCGGUUCCCGCGGCACUCAGGCUUCGUCCAUUUCUGACCGCCCAGGACCACACCGCGGCCUAACUGCCGGGCUCUCGGUGAGAGAGGGGGAGAGCAAAGACUCCCGUCCACAACCUGGACCUCGACUCCCACCUCUCUGUGGCCGGAGGAGUGGAGAUCCUAUUCAGAGGGGCCCGUCUCUCUAAAUAUGCCCCAGAAGACAACACCGAAGUGUGAAAGGGAGAUGGGUGAGUGCUGGAGGAGUUCCCCAGCCAUCAUUACACCCCUUCCUCACAUUCGUGGAUGGGAGCCCAGAGCCCAGUGGCCUUAAGAACACUACUCUUCGAAUGUUCGGGCUCCACACCGCCUCAGCCAGGCCUCCCUUCUAGACCCCACCUCACUUCUGAGUCCAUCUGAGCAAAAGGAAGAACACAGUGUGCAGGGAGGAUGACGGAGCAGCCGCCGAGCGAGGCGGCACACAGUGACCCCCCGCUAGAGGGACGGGACGCGGCCGAGGCCCGCAUGGCCCCCCCGCACCUGGUCCUGCUGAACGGCGUCGCCAAGGAGACGAGCCGCGCGGCCCCGGCGGAGCCCCCGGUCAUCGAGCUGGGCACGCGCGGCGGCGGCGGCCCGGGGGGUGGCCCCGCCGGUGGGGGCGGCGCCGCGCGGGACUUAAAGGGCCGCGAGGCUGCGGCGGCCGAAGCGCGCCAUCGGGUGCCCACCACAGAGCUGUGCAGACCACCCGGGCCCGCGCCCGCCUCGGCCCCCGCGGAACUGCCCGGCGACGGCCGCAUGGUGCAGCUGAGCCCGCCCGCGCUGGCGGCCCCCGCCGCCCCCGGCCGCGCGCUGCUCUACAGCCUCAGCCAGCCGUUGGCCUCGCUCGGCAGUGGCUUCUUUGGGGAGCCAGAUGCCUUCCCUAUGUUCGCCACCAACAACCGAGUGAAGAGGAGGCCCUCCCCUUAUGAGAUGGAGAUUACUGAUGGUCCCCACACCAAAGUUGUGCGGCGCAUCUUCACCAACAGCCGGGAGCGAUGGCGGCAGCAGAAUGUGAACGGGGCCUUCGCUGAGCUCCGCAAGCUGAUCCCCACACAUCCCCCAGACAAGAAGCUCAGCAAGAAUGAGAUCCUCCGCCUGGCCAUGAAGUACAUCAACUUCCUGGCCAAGCUGCUCAAUGACCAGGAGGAGGAAGGCACCCAGCGGGCCAAGCCUGGCAAGGACCCUGUAGUGGGGGCUGGCGGAGGGGGUGGGGGAGGAGCGGGCAGCGCUCCUCCUGAGGAUCUCCUGCAGGACGUGCUCUCCCCGAACUCCAGCUGUGGCAGCUCCCUGGAUGGGGCAGCCAGCCCGGACAGCUACACAGAAGAGCCAGCGCCCAAGCACACAGCCCGCAGCCUCCAUCCUGCCAUGCUGCCUGCCACGGAUGGAGCCGGCCCUCGGUGAUGGGUCUGGGGCCACGCGGGACCAGCCCGGUGGGUGCCCUCAGGCUGCUGGGACCAUGGGCUUUAGGGCAGGUGGGGUGAGUGUUGGGCAGCUCUGAAGUAAGCCAUGGACUUGAUGAGCUUUCCCUGAUGUCUGAACUCUGGGGAGUCCCAGCUGCCUCUGGGGCUGGUUUUCCUGUUUCCUGCCUCAGUAGGAGACCAGUAAAAUGGAGCAAAGUGGUAGGUACUUUUUAUGAAGACGGCACAGUCUUCCCCUUUUUCCAAAUCCCUAAGACUUUUCAAGUAAGAGGCUCAAGGGGCAUUGCUUUUGGCCUGGAGCACAGGAGCCCUGUCUUCGCUGAGACCUGGGCUUGUCAGCUCUCUCCAAGGCGUCUGGCAGCCUCUGCCUUGCCUUUAGCCCUUCCCAAGCUGGCUGGGGUGGCUUUUGUGGCCACACUGUCCGAAUAUAUAGGUACCCAAUAGCUCCCCAUUUCUUGAGCCUCAUCUUCACCCAGGCCCACGUUGGUCCAUCCAGCUUGCCAGCUGCUGCAGAGAGUCACAAGCCCUGAGAUGCCUUCUUCAGGGCCUGGCUGAAGAAGAUGGCCAGUGGACAGCCUGCUCUCACCUAGCUGGGCCAGAUGGUCAGAAAACCCAGUAGCCCUUACUUCUUGCCCUGGGGAUCUAAGCUCUGCUUUCUUCCCACUGAGAUUUGCCUUCCUCAUGCUUGUGGCUGUGGGGACCAAGGCUGAAGCUGUGAGAGUGCCCCGUAGGUUUCGUUUCAAGGCAGACAAAGGAGAAAUGAUAGUGAAAUUGAGCAAAAGCUGUUUGGGGCACAUGGGCUUCAAAUUGUGGCGGUGUCUCAGAGCUACAUUCCUGUAUUCCCAGUGACACGUUGCUGUUUGUGGGGGGCAUGGAUGUCAGCGUGCUGAUGGGCUGUGUGCUGGUCUUGAGAGGAGAUGUGCAGCCCCGUCUGGUGUUCUGGCUAUGCAGAGGGGCCUCCCUGUUGCAGGAUGUCUGUUGUCUAAUGGUCUGGGCUGUGUUCUGAAACUGAAUCGAUGACAAAUUCUGUCCUAUGAAUUCCUGGUAUUUGGGAUUUUGCUUGACUUCAGUUACUUUGGGACCUCAGGGUCUUGAUAUGAGCCAGGAUCCAGCCCCACCUCUAUGCCCUGGGGAGCCCAGUGAGAGACCAGUUGAGACCCACGCACAUUCACUUUCACUUAGCAGAACCUUCAACAUCCCUGAGUCUGCAAAUUUCAGGCAUCACGAGUGUGUAUGGGAGGCUGGCCUAACACAUGAGGAGUGCUCCCCGCCAAAAGUUGUACAUGACGUUUUUGUAAAUCAAAUCCUUAUCCUUCAUCUUUUAAAGAAAUUCUACUGCAAGUCCCUUGGUAAUGUGGAGAAUCCUUUUGUAGAGUGGACCUCUGCCCCCUCAUUGAUCUCCUGUGUCAAUCCAGAUGGUGGGAUGUGAUUUUCUUCAGGUGAGGCCUGCCUGUGACCCAUAUCCCAGGCCCAUGGAGCAAGCUGCACACGAGUCCUGUAUACCUGUCACUGUGUCCUCAAGUCACCCGGCCGGCUCUGAUGCUCCGGCUUUGCCCUGUCCAUAGCGACGCGGAAGAACCAUCGCUGCAGCUGUCGGGAAAGGUCCUCGCGCCUUGUGGGCUCCAGCUUGGCGGUUUGCCCUUACUGUGGCAGGGCCUCGGGGACAGCCACGUGCACACAGAGAUGAUCCCUGCACUCCCCCUCUUCCUUUUAAGUUGUGAGGUCCAAUUCGUGGGAAUGGAAGCCGCAUGGUUAACCCUUGUAGCACUCUCUCUCCCCCAUUUCAGCACCAACCCCCAUUAUAUUUUGACAAACAUUUGGAUGGGUUCUUUUCCAAUACUUGGAAGCUCCUGUAGGAAUCCCAUCUGUCCAAAGAUGGAACACCUCUUCUAGGUCUUAAGGCUGUGUCUGCUUCCAGUGGAUUAAUUUGACCUGGGAGUGAAAAGUGGCCACAGUGAGUGUGGUGGAUGGGUUUUAGGAGAUGGAUUAUACAUUCUAACAGGAGCUUGAGCUUCUGGUUCCCUCUUCUCUCAGACUUGCAGUGUGACCUGGUAAAGUUCUCUCUCUGGAUGUCUUUCUCAUAAAUACCCUGGCUUGGCCUGUCUGCUAUUGCUGUGGUAUGGACUGAAUGGAACCAUGGAAGUAGAAGCAUUUUGAGACCAUAAGGAACUCUGUUGCUCUCAGCGUAAUUCCUGCAGUGAGAUUUCUCACCCAGAGUCCAGGACCUAGACAGUGGGCCAGACUGCCUCUCUGUGCAGUAUUUGGAUAAUUUAGCUUCUAAACCACUUUAUCCCACUUCAGGAUUUUCUAGAUUAUCCUCAUCUUUCCAGAUUGACCUCAUUUCAGCCUCAUCCCAAAGCAAGGCAUAGAAGGGAGUCUAGAAGAGAAAUACGGGAUUGUGGGCAGAAUGUGUAAAAUGUAGUACAAGACAGGCCUAGGGAGGGAUAGGCAAAGCUUUGUGACUUUGUUAAGAACCAGAGAAGAUCCAUCAUUUUCACCUUCCAUUUCCAGCAUCUCUCCCCACCGUGCUCUUCUUCCUCUGCCUCCUUUUCACCCAUGAAUAUUCCCCAUCCAAGAAUAAUAUUUGUCAAAGAGGGAAAAAUGGUAAAAAACACGAGGAGGAUAAAGAUGAUUUUAAAUGACUGGAGGGAAUCAUGUCUUUUAAGAAACAUUCAUAUUUUAUUUGUAGUGGCAAACGACAAGAUGGUACAACCUUUAUCCUUUUCUGAAAGCAAAACAAAGGGCACAGCAUCUGUAGUCAGCCCAUGACUCUCGGCCUUGGGGGGUGGUCUCGUCGUACUUGUGAUUUCAAUGGUACGUGGCCCCCGCCGAAGGCUUGCCCCCGGCCCAUGUACAUAGCGCAUCAUUCCCGUGGGCGGGCCCAGCACUUUCCGUCAAUGUUGUACUGUACGUGAUGCGUUGCGUUGGUCUCUGCAUUUUUCUGCAGAAGAGGAGUAACCGCUCCAGGUACCUUGACCUUUGUACAGCCCAGAGGCCAACACUGUGGGCGUGUGACUCUUAGCGACAAAACCCAUGUGGUGAUGAUGUGUGUAUAUAUAUAAGGAUAUAUUGGGAAGAUUUCUAAAUAAAAGUUUUACAGAGGGCCCUGGA